AGAGGCCGGAAGUUGUCCCCACAGAACCGCGCGGCUGUUAGGGUGGCGAGUGGAGGCUGUGGUAACCGGGUGUUUAGGGUUCUUGGCCCGGUAGUUGCGGCGAGGGUCGGUGUAAGGGGCUCCGGGAUUUGGGGCGGGGAUAAUGGCAUCUCGGGCAGGCCCGCGAGCGGCCGGUACCGACGGCAGCGACUUUCAGCACCGGGAGCGCGUCGCCAUGCACUACCAGAUGAGUGUGACCCUCAAGUAUGAAAUCAAGAAGCUGAUCUACGUGCAUCUGGUCAUAUGGCUGCUGCUGGUUGCCAAGAUGAGUGUGGGACACCUGAGGCUAUUGUCGCAUGACCAGGUGGCCAUGCCCUAUCAGUGGGAAUAUCCGUAUUUGCUGAGCAUUGUGCCCUCUCUCUUGGGCCUCUUCUCCUUCCCUCGAAACAACAUUAGCUACCUGGUGCUCUCCAUGAUCAGCAUGGGGCUCUUUUCCAUAGCUCCUCUCAUUUAUGGCAGCAUGGAGAUGUUCCCUGCUGCACAGCAGCUCUACCGCCAUGGAAAGGCUUACCGCUUCCUCUUUGGUUUUUCUGCUGUCUCUGUCAUGUACCUGGUGUUGGUGCUGGCAGUCCAAGUGCAUGCCUGGCAGUUAUACUACAGCAAGAAGCUCCUAGACUCUUGGUUCACCAGCACACAGGAGAAGAAGCGUAAAUGAAGCCUGCCUGAUGGACUGCUCUGUGGGGUAGAAGCCUGGGCCUCCCAUUGAGUGGAGUGAGAAGUAGAGGAGCUGCUCUGAAAUCUUUGGUGAUUUUGGCAGCUAGUGCAAACGCAGUCCACGUUCUGGAAAGCCCCUCCUGUUGCCGUCAGCUAAGGUGGCAAAACUAUAUUUAACUUAUUCCUGGUUGGCUGGAACUGGGUGAUCAACAACUGUAGAACAAACUUGUUGAAGUUGAAGCCCUUCUGGGGUUUUCUUUAAGACCGAGCCUCAUCCUUGCCUCUUGGUCAUUCUCUCCACUUUCAUCAAUUACCCCUUAGCCACCAAGACUGAAGGAGAUAGGGAAUAAAUCAAAUUCUACUUCAAUCUAUAGGUUGUGGGGCAGGAAUCAUUUGCGAGGCUCCCCCUGCAGGCUGUGGCAUUUUAAUGAAAAGAACUUCAAUAAAGUUAGAACUGCCUUGUCCACCCUGUGCCUUGUGUUGGGAUUUGACAGAGUGUGAAAGGUAUGUUGCUUGAGUGGCCUUGGGCCCUAGGAGGUAGGUAGUUUCCUGAGAAACCUGGAAGUAGCCAUAGAGAAGUGAAGUGGGCAUAGGGAACAUAAGUCAUAGUAGCAGCCCUGCAACUGAUUACCAGAAACUACCAUGGGCUGUACAUUUAAUCUCUCCACCUGUAAAAUGGUCCAGUCUCAUUUAUCCUGCUUGGGUUAUGGGUUCUUUUGGUUGGAUAUUCAUGUUUAUCAUUCACUGUUAACAGAUCGUCAGUUAUGUGUCUAAUAAUAUAUUAUGGCAUCCAAAAGAUUUUUAAAGUAUCCCUGCAUGUAAGGGAGCUUGCAAUCUGGGUGAAGCAUGAUAUACAUGUGAAACAACUAAUGAGCACGGGAUCUGAUGGCAUGGAACAGAUAAGUUAAAAAUGGAAAUGAGAAAGAGACCUGUGAACUAAAGGCUCUUUUCACACCUAAAAGUCUGACAUACAGUAAAUAUUUAUUGCAGGAAAGAUGUGUGUCCCUUUGUUCUUGUCCACUUGACUUUAUUAUCGUCUCUGGAUGAUGUUCAGGUCUCUAAUGGCAGAUCUCUGCCCUCUCCAGAGUUCUAGUCAUCUUUUUAACUCAUUCUUUUAUUCCAUAAAUAUUAGGUAUACACUCUCUCACUCUUAGAUACUGGUAGUACUUCUGCAAAAGCUUUUUCUCUACAUGUUCUGAUUGUCGUCUCAAACUCAGUGUGUACCAAACUUAGCUCCUUGUCUUCCACCUCAUACCCACACCUCUUCCUGCAUCCCUGUGGUGCAAGCGAGUACACCAAGAGCACAGCUCUAGAUUAUCAUCAAGUCUACAAUGUGCCAUUAUUUUUUGAACAAUCAAAAUACUUCCAUCUCUUGACAUUCCCAAGAUGUGAUUCCAGUGUACCAGUCUUGCAUUAUCUCCCAAUACUCUCACGCAGUCUUUCUAGGUCAGUACAACCUCAUGAGUCCUCAUAUUGCUUUCAUGUUUUCCCAGUUUGCUUAAAUAUGUCCCCUUUAUACCUUCAUAUGCCUUUAUUGCGUAUCCUUCAAGAUUCAGUUUAUAUGGUAAUUCUGGAGCCUUCUGGUUGCUUCAAUUUGAGGAGUAAAGAGUUCUUUCUUUGAAUCCACAUGGCAUUUUUAUUUUACCUCUUAUUGACAGAAUUACUUGUUUACAUGUCUUUUCCUCACCCCUUGCUCAGUACCUGACACAUAGUGUGUACUCUGUUGAAUGAAGUAACUUGACCUACUGUAGAGUGAAGUCAGGAUGUAUUGCAUAGAGGAAAAAAUUAGACUGUGGCAGGAGUAGAAUUUGGAAAGAAAGCAGAUGGAAAUGUGUGGGUAAUGGAAUUAUGUGCAUCAGGCACAAAUUGCUUAUUUUCAAAGAAUUGGGAUGCAAAUAAAAACUUUUAAGUGAAAACUUUCAAAAAUAAAUAAUGUUAAAAUUUUCUCUGA